CCAGAAAGAUGGGGGAGCCAGAGUCCCCAUCCGCUCCAGCCCCCAAAGCUGCCCCAGGCCUCCCGGAUAGCCGUGCGGUGAACAACUACCGGCGGGCCAUGCAGAAGAUGGCAGAGGACAUCCUGUCGCUGCGGAAGCAGAUCAGCAUCCUGGAGGCAGAGAACCACACGCUGAGGAGCCAGCUAACCCAGGGGGAGGUGGAAGAGGAGCAGAACGACACCAACAAGAGCCAGAAUCUGGUGUCCAUGAAGCAGAAACUGCUGCUGAGUGAGCUGGACAUGAAGAAGCUGUGGGACAAAGUGCAGCAUUUGCAGAAUGAGCUGAUUCGAAAGAAUGAUCGAGAGAAGGAGCUACUCCUCCUGCACCAGGCUCAGCAGCCGCAGGCCGCGCUGCUGAAGCGGUACCAGGACAAGCUGCGGAAGACGAAACUGCUGGAGGAGACUGUGCGGCACCAGGAGAAGGUGAUCGAGAAGAUGGAGCGGGUGCUGGAGGACAAGCUGCGGGACAGGAAGGAGCCCCUGCUCACCAGGCUGCAGGGAAAGCCCAGCGUGGCCUUCCCUGUGCUCUCAGCCUCUGGCCUUCCCCCGGGGCCCGCAAGAGAGAACCUGCCCGUCGACCUGUACUCCGCGCUGCUGGCAGAAAACUCCAGGCUGCGGGCAGAGCUGGAUAAGAACCGCCACCAGUCGGCCCCCAUCAUCCUGCAGCAGCAGGCCCUGCCGGUGGACCCCGGGGAGUUGGGAGCAGGAGGAGACCUGGCAGAGAGACUGCAGGAGACAGAUGGCCCAGGCCACUCCAAGGGCACAGAGACCCUGCCCGUACAGGAUCUCCUUGGCAAUACUUCAGACAAGUUCAACCUUCUGGCCAAGCUGGAACGAGCUCAGAGCCGGAUCCUAUCCCUGGAAAGCCAGUUAGAGGACUCGGCUCGACGCUGGGGACGAGAGAAGCAGGACUUGGCCACAAGGCUACAGGAGCAAGAGUACGGCUUGGCGCAACCCUCAAACUCCAUCAUCACUGACCUGCCUCACUACUCGGCCCUCUCCAAGGACAGCAGGCGACCCUCAAAGCUGGACCCCUUGACGCCCAGCUCAGAGACAAAGCUCAACAAGCCCUCGAACUCCCAGAAGACCUGAGUCUUAGCAGACCUGAGUGCCGGAGCAGACCUCCCUCUCUGUGUGCUGGGGAGUCUCAUUCCACCCCCCAAAUGACUCCAUUAAAUGCUGU